GUCUCUCUGUCUCUCUCUGCCGCUGGCACUACGACGGACGAAUUCUCGCCCGGAGGGACUCUCUCCCGCGCGCGGUCGCGCGAGAGAAAACGGUUGUCGUCGAAGAUUUCUCAAACGAAAACCGGACGACGAGGAGGUGACGUUCCUCCUUCGCGGCGCGUCGCGAGAUAGUGCAAUCCCGAGUGCUGCGCCUCUUUGUCCGUCGCGACUAGAUCAGCUCACGAGAAUAUUCCGCGCCGCUGGACAUCCGCGUGGAAAUAUUUAUAUCCUCGCGCGGGGGUGCCGCGAAUUCUCCCGAGUUCCACGAGCCUCCGAGGAAACGCCUGUUUUCGCGACCGCGACCAAACGGUUCAGCCGAGAUUUUAUGUAUAGGAGAUAAAGUUGUUUAUCUAUUGCAAUAUUUGUACGUGUUCUUGUUCAUCGUCGAAGAAGAUACGAAUUGUAAGCAUCGAAUGACGUUGAGAAAAAAGUAAAUUCUAAAGGCCCCAUAUAACUAUAUAUGAAGCUUACGUCAUUAUUAUAAAUAUAUUGCAUCGAUUGUGAUCUUGAAAAAUUUAUUUAGCAAAAUCGCAAUACAGAAAAUCUAGAGGACACAUUUAAUAUAAAAGAAAUAUGAUUCCUGAAAAAUGUGACGAUACGUUAUCGCUGACUGUAAGUUACGUCACGUCAGACUUCUUUUAAAGAUCGGUACUCGGAAAUAUUGAGUUACAAAACAUCGCGUGACGGCCAGCGACAGAAAGAUAAUAUUUACUCUCUCGUCACUUUCGAUUGUCGACUAAAAUACUCGCAAGUGCGAAGCGCCGGAUCCAAUAUAGAGACCGCGGCCGCUUUUCCUAAUCUUGGAUAAGGGGAAGGCUUACCUCUCGCCCAGACACUUCGUUCCGCUGAUUUAUUUUUAUACGCGCGUCCGUCUUUUCACGCGCAAAACUGCUAGCAAGAAAAUCUAUCGCUGUUGCGUGUAAUAGAUUUCACGUGUAAUACGUGUACUUGUCAUCGAUCGCUGAAAUAAUUUAUCCCGUUGGUAACCGAAUCCGGAAUCCUUUUUUUUACGAUACCGUCACGAAUAUCUUAGGUCGGAAUUAAAGAAUUAAAGCUCGAAAGUCAACGUCGUUUACGGAGUAUGCGGUCCAAUCUAAUCUGCCUUAUCUUCUUUCGUUUUUAGAGAUACAAAACACUUUCCGCGUGAUAUCAGGCUGGUGUAUAUACUCUCGGGAAAGUCCGUUUGACACCUUAAACUUGAAUCCAAAAUUUCCGCCACGUUCCCUCGAAAUUACUCCGCGGAAUAUUCUCAGGCAUGCAUUCGGGGAUGCACCCUCAGGUGCCGGCGGGAAGAAAGCGGAUAUUCCCGAUAGUACGUGAAGUGGAUCGGCUGUUCGACGGCUGUGUGAUCGAGAUUCUCUUCGUCCCGUGAGAAGAGAGGAUCGCGAAUGCGAGAAUCAUGUUGUACCGCGACGCUGCGAGAAUCAUGUUAUACCGCGACGCUGCGAGACCGUUUUUCCUGCGGCUGGCUGCCGCGUUGUGCCGAUAGUGAAUUUCCUUUCUGGGCCGAUCAUUGUUUCCGGAAAUCGCACGCUGGUAUGCAGAGUAAAAUGCAAACGUUCAGCGGACUCGCCUUUGGAAACGUAUUCAAGAAAAAGGCAAAUAAGGUGACCGGAGGACCUCCUGUGGGCAAUGCACCGCCUCCACCUACGCUUAUCAACAAAAUCAAGUAUCAACCCGGUGGCCCCGUAAUCAAAAAAGAUAAACGGCAAAGCAGCUCGAGGUUCAACAUAUCGAAAAAUCGGGAACUGCAAAAAUUGCCACUGUUAUCCGAAACACAACAGGGAAACGAACGGGAGGAACUUUUUAUACAGAAGCUACGGCAAUGCUGCGUCCUCUUCGACUUCGAAUCCGAUCCCUUGUCAGAUUUGAAAUGGAAGGAGGUAAAGCGCACUGCCCUCCACGAGAUGGUCGAGUAUGUAACCAAAAACAAAAAUGUUAUUACCGAAGCGAUAUAUCCCGAAGCGGUGAACAUGUUCGCUGUGAAUUUAUUCCGGACGCUACCCCCGUCAUCAAAUCCUAAUGGCGCGGAGUUUGAUCCGGAAGAGGAUGAGCCAACCUUGGAGGCUGCUUGGCCGCACUUACAACUCGUCUACGAAUUCUUUUUGCGGCUGUUGGAAUCGCAGGACUUCCAGCCGACCAUAGCAAGACGUUACAUAGAUCAAAAAUUCGUGCUUCAACUCUUGGAACUGUUCGACUCCGAAGACCCGAGAGAGAGGGAUUUCCUUAAGACGACCCUCCAUAGGAUUUAUGGAAAAUUCCUGGGACUUAGGGCAUACAUUAGGAAACAGAUCAAUAAUGUUUUCUAUCGAUUUAUUUAUGAGACAGAACAUCACAACGGCAUCGCAGAACUACUUGAAAUUUUAGGAAGUAUUAUAAAUGGCUUUGCUCUGCCGCUAAAGGAAGAGCACAAAGUGUUUUUGUUAAAAGUCUUGUUACCUUUGCAUAAAGCUAAGUCAUUAUCUGUGUAUCAUCCACAACUAGCAUACUGUGUCGUCCAAUUUCUGGAAAAGGAUCCGUCGCUGACGGAACCAGUAAUCAGAAAUCUAUUGAAAUUUUGGCCAAAAACACAUUCCCCUAAAGAAGUUAUGUUUUUGAACGAGCUUGAAGAAAUUUUAGACGUCAUUGAGCCAGCUGAAUUCCAAAAAGUCAUGGAUCCAUUGUUUAGGCAAUUAGCCAAAUGCGUGUCAUCACCGCAUUUCCAGGUGGCAGAAAGAGCUCUCUAUUAUUGGAAUAAUGAAUACAUAAUGUCCUUGAUAUCGGAUAAUUACUCGGUUAUUUUACCGAUAAUGUAUCCAGCUUUUUACAGAAACUCCCGCAACCAUUGGAAUAAGACAAUUCAUGGUUUAAUUUAUAAUGCUCUGAAACUUUUCAUGGAAAUGAAUCAAAAAGUAUUCGAUGAGUGUACAACACAAUACUAUCAGGAACGUCAAAGAGAACGAAAACUUAUGAAAGAUCGAGACGAAGCAUGGAUGCGCGUAGAAGCACUUGCGAUGAGGCACCCAAAUUAUAAUAUGGCAAUUAAAGGCACAACGAAUAAUACAUCCUAUACGUCACCACAACAUGUAGAUAGCUCACCGCCUGACGAAGAUGGUGAUACAGAUCAAACUCCACUUACCUUGGAGAAAAUCGAAGCUAAAGCUAAUGAGCAUUUUAUUAUGCAGGCGAAGAAAAUGACAAACGUGAACAAAGUGAAACCGCUUUUACGAAGGAAGAGCGAUUUACCGCAAGAUUCGUAUACAAUACGGGCAUUGUCCGAUCACAAACGCGCUGAUGAAUACCUUGUUACGCCGCCAGAUCCCAAUAAUUGCUAGUCUCUACCACAACCUCUUCCCAUGUAUCCUCUAUUUUGCUGUAGCAAUAUCGGAAAUUAGCUUUCUUUCUGAGGAUAAACGGCGAUAAGAGCGCAAAUAAUUUGGCUAAAAGUCCCAUUGUGCGAAA